GGUUAGUUAAGAAUCUUGGACUACUUGCUAAGCUAGUAAUUUUUAAAUCAUAAAGAUAGCUGCAACGUUUCAUAAUGUGUUUUGUCAGUGCUUAGCGGGCUUUGCUAAAAGUAUCCAGAUCUUCACCAUGUUUUACAAUAGCUCGCAGAAAAAGUGUUGGACGUUUGAGAAUGAAGAUACACUGGAAAAACUGAGAUAUGAAGCCAACCAGAAAUAUCGAAACAAAAUGCUUGCCAGUGGGAAGCCUACAGUUAACUCCCUGUUUCUGGAUGCUCAUGAGGAGGAUGUGCUCUUCAGACACUAUGAGAAGAGACUGCUUGACUUCUGUAAUGCAUUCAAGCCUGUAAUGCCUAAGUCAGUUGUGGGGACAGCCAUCAUGUAUUUCCGGAGAUUUUACCUGAACAACUCCCUGAUGGAGUAUCAUCCAAGAACAAUCAUGCUGACCUGUGCCUACCUCUCCUGUAAGGUAGAUGAGUUUAAUGUGUCCAGCACCCAGUUCGUGGGUAAUCUGGUUCAGGAGAAUGCAUCUGGUCAGGAGAGGGCUCUGGAGCAGAUACUGGAAUAUGAGCUCCUUCUCAUUCAGCAGCUCAACUUUCACCUGGUGGUGCACAACCCCUACAGGCCGAUGGAGGGCUUGCUCAUAGACCUCAAGACAAGGUACCCUCUUCUGGAGAACCCAGAGUCUCUGAGGAAAAGCGCCGAUGACUUCUUAACGCGGGCCUCCCUGACGGACAUUGGACUGCUUUUUCCGCCAUCACAGAUUGCCAUGACGGCCAUCAUGAACAGUGCGUCGCGGGCUGGGCUUAGCAUGGAAAGCUAUCUGACAGAGUGUUUGGGACUAAAAGACAACAAAGAGACCCUCUCAAAGAUGUACGAUGCGAUGAGACGGAUAAAAUCUCUCAUGAAGAGGUAUGAGCUUCCAAAGCCAGACGAGGUGAAUGCUUGUAAAGUGAAGCUGGAGAGGAUCCAUGCUGAAUUUUGCACAAACACGAACAUGAAACGAAAAAGAGGAUACGAAGAUGAUGAUCAUGUAGCAAAAGAGCCUCGCAUGACAGAGGAGGAGUGGACUGAUGAAGAUCUGGAGUUAGAUGACCUAUGAAUGAUGCAGAAAACAUUUAACCUUUUGAGCUAAAUGUCACAACCCUGUUGUCAGGACUUUGUGGCUUCACAGAUGAUCCACAUGUGAAAGAUGUAUUUGAGGAGAUACUACUUUUUUUCUAUAAGAUAAUAAAAAUAUUUUUUCUA